CACAGAUUCGUUGUUCUCGCUUCUGAUCGCGACAUUGCCCACAAGGUCUUUAAGUCCCCAGCAUACGCCGAGCCAUGCAUCGUACCCAUCGCAAAAGACAUCCUCGGCCACAAGGCCUGGGUCUUUCUCCAGGGUAGAGAACAUGCCGAGUACCGAAGGGGCUUGAUGCCCCUGUUCACCAACAAGGCAAUGGCAACCUACCUCCCGGUUCACGAGAAGGUGCUGGGCGAGUACUUUGACAAGUUCGUCGCCGCCAGCGAGGCAAACAACGGAAACCCCAUGGCUUACAUGGCUCUCUUUCGCGAAAUCAACUGCGCGCUUUCGUGCCGUACCUUCUUUGGCGACUACAUCUCCCAAGAUGCCGUCAAGAAGAUUGCCGACGACUUCUACCUCGUCACCGCAGCCCUCGAACUCGUCAACGUCCCGCUUUCGAUGUAUAUACCCGGAACAAAAGUCUGGCUCGGCAAGCGUGUCGCUGAUCAGGUUCACGCCGAGUUUGCAAAGUACGCCGCCGCGUGUAAAGCCAACAUGGCCAAGGGCGCGACACCGACAUCUAUUGUUGACCACUGGGUGCUGCAUAUGAUGGAGUCCAACAAGUAUCGCGCGAAGGUUGCUGCUGGAGAGACUGAUGCCGUGAGGCCUUCAAACAUGAUCAGAGAGUUCACCAAUGAGGAGAUCUCAGAGACGCUUUUUACCUUCCUCUUUGCAUCGCAGGAUGCGUCAAGCAGUGCUACCACCUGGCUCUUCCAAGUUCUCGCGCAGCGCCCUGAUGUCGUCGAACGUCUUAGAGAAGAAAACCUUGCAGCGAGAGGCGGUGAUGGCACGAAGCCCUUUGACCUCCCCAUGCUGGAGUCCCUCACCUUCACCAACGCCGUCAUCAAGGAGCUCCUCCGCCUCCGGCCGCCCGUCAUCUUCGUUCCCUACCUCGCGACUAAGAACUUCCCCGUCACGCCGAAAUACACUGUCCCCAAGGGGUCGAUGAUCAUUCCAUCAUGCUACCCGGCCCUGCACGACCCUGAUGUCUACCCCAACCCCGAAUUCUUCAACCCUGACCGAUGGAUCACCGGAGACGCCGAGUCUAAGACUAAGAAUUGGCUGGUAUUCGGUGCUGGGCCACAUGAUUGCCUCGCAAGGAGGUAUGUGCCGCUGACGAUGGCUGCCAUGAUUGGCAAGGCGGCGUUGGAGAUCGACUGGAAGCAUCAUGCAACGGAAAAGUCGGAGGAGAUUAGGGUAUUUGCUACUCUAUUCCCCAUGGAUGAGUGCCAGUUGAGCUUUACCAAGCGACAGUGAGACGAACUUGCUGCAAUGGUAUUCGCCUGUCUAGAUGUGCUACUUCUACUUGAGCACGUAGGUCUGCUUGUAAUCAUGG